AUGAGAGCAACUACAGCCAACCUCCCAUUCCCAUUGGGACAGCUAUACACAAGCACCAAAAUGCGAACGUACUCUACAUUCUCUGGAAGCUUGCGCCGGGAACUGAUAGCACGACGACUUCCCUUAAUAUAUGACUAUCUUCAUCCUCAACCGCCAGGGCAUCAUUUAGUCUACUUUCCUCCUCAAGUGACUCUAUCUCAAAUACUCCCUGACGGUACUGAUACAUUGCAUUUCCCGGGACAGCCAUUUAUCAGGCGUCUUUGGGCUGGUGGAAGGGUCAGAUUCCCAUUGAUGCACAGUCCUCUCCUUGAUGGCAGUCGGGCUGUCUGCAUUGAAACAAUUCGGGACGUAGUAGUCAAGGGCCACCAAGGGGAGGAAAAAGUUUUGAUCGAUAUAGAGAGACGUAUCGGCACGGUCAAGGAAGACGAGGCAGAGGAGAGUAUCAGGAGACGUUUAGGGAGUGACGACGCAAAUGAAGACAGGGAGUCAUCGGUUAUUGAAAAUAGAAGCCUAGUUUUUAUGCGCCAAAAGACCACACAGCAAAUCGAAACAGACAAAAGGGACUCUGAGAAGGUUCGCAGGAAAAUUCAGGCUCCCUCAGACGCCGAAUUUCGCCAUAAGAUCAAACCGACCAAGGAUUUAUUAUUUCGAUUUUCAGCACUCACAUUCAAUGCGCACUACAUUCACCUUGACACAUCUUAUACCCGGAACGUCGAAGGUUACCCAGCUCUCCUUGUUCACGGCCCACUGACUCUCACAAUGCUUCUCACGGUUUUGCAGAGCUAUUUAGUGGAGUCUAACCACGCAAUCAGUGAGAUAGAAUAUAGAAAUCUGUGUCCUUUAUACGUUGACGAGGACUUAACCAUCUGCGGUAAGCCCAGGUUCGACAAGGGAAGCGGGGCUUGGGAUGUUUGGAUCGAAGGACACAACGGUGGUCUGGCUGUCAGAGGCACCGUGAAGACAAACAAGUGUAAAAAUUCGCGGCGAUAG